CACCGUGGCCAUGGCGCGCCCCGCGAACCUGCUGUCGGCGCUGUCAGUCCUGCUACUGCUGCUGCCGCUGCUCGGAGCCGGGGACCCCCUCCCCACAGAGGGCCGGCUCACGAACAACUGUAUCCAGGCCAGGAGGAAAUGCCAGGCCAAUCCGACUUGCAAUGCUGCUUACCACCACCUGAGUUCCUGCACGUCUAGUGAAAGCACCCUGUCACCAGCAGAGGAGCCUUCCGUUUCAUUGGACUGCUUGGAGGCAGCACAGCACCUCAGGAACAGCUCUCUGAUGAGUUGCACAUGUCACCGGCGCAUGAAGAACCAAACUGCCUGCCUGGACAUCUACUGGACUGUUCACCCUGCCCGUAGCCUUGGUGACUAUGAGCCGGAUGUCUCCCCCUAUGAAGACACAGUGACCAGAAAACCCUGGAAAAUGAAUAUCAGCAAACUGAGCAUGCUCAAGCCAGACUCGGACCUCUGCCUUAAGUUCGCCAUGCUGUGCACUCUUAAUGACAAGUGUGACCGGCUGCGCAAGGCCUAUGGGGAGGCCUGCUCCUCGGGGCCCCACUGCCGGCGCUCCACCUGCCUCCAGCAGCUCCGUGCUUUCUUCGAGAAGGCAUCAGAGCCCCACGCGCAGGGCCUGCUGCUGUGCCCCUGUGCGCUUUUUUUCGGACCGGCUGUGCAGGUAUCACGCCUGGCCGAUUUUCAGACCCAUUGUCAUCCCAUGGACAUCCUAGGGACCUGUGCUACAGAACAGUCCAGAUGUCUGCAAGCAUACAUGGGGCUGAUUGGAACUGCCAUGACCCCCAACUUCAUCAGCAACGUCAAUACCAGUGUUGCCUUAAGCUGUACCUGCCGAGGCAGUGGCAAUAUGCAGGAGGAGUGUGAGCGGUUGGAAGAGCUGUUUUCCCACAACCCCUGCCUCAUGGAGGCUAUUGCAGUUAAGAUGCGUUUGCACAGCCAGCUCUUCUCCCAGGACUGGGCAGACUCUACCUUACCUGUGAUGGAACGCCAGAACAAAAACCUUGCUUUGAGGCCACAGCCAUGGAUGCCCUCUCUUUUGUCCUGCACACUUACCUUGAUUCUGCUCCCAAGUUUCUGAUAGCUGGACAUCCCUGGGGGCCCUCUUCCCCUCCACUACACCCAGCCUGACCUGCCGCCUGCAAGAAAUGAGGAAAGGACAGCAUCCAGAAGGAGGUGCAGUACACAACAUGACCACCCUGACAUCCCCACCACUGCACAUCCCCACAGUAGAAGCUGACUGGCUAAGUUCUCAUUCCCUCCACUGCUGCCUCAGGCCACCCCUCCUUAGGAAUUGGUCACCAUGGUUUAGCCAUAUCUUGUGGUGGUGGCUGGCUCUACUAAGCUCCCUCCUGAUCCCUUCCUACCAGGAUCAUCAGGGUUGAACAAAUCAGUCAGUUGCUAUUGCAUUCUCCAGGUAGUCAGGGCUGGGUGUUCUGAGGCAGCAUAGAAACACAGUCCCCGUUGUUAGGAAGGCCAAAGCAAGAAUCCUGCUCCCAUGUCUCCUCAUCUGAACAGAGGAUGGGAACCUGCUGCCUGCCCUGCCCUGGAAUCCUGCAGAGCAUUUGAGCAUCAGGAGCUGGAGUAUUUAGGCCUUGAUUUCCUCCUGCUAUUGUCCCAAAGUCCUCCCAGCCUCUUGAAUCAUGAUUAAACAUUUUGACUUAAAA